AUGUAUUUUGCACCUAAAUUAGCAGCAUAAUAUAAUCUAAUAUUUGCUAUAUAGAGUGGUAGUUUUGCUAUUGCAAUGAGUGUAGUAUGUUGUAUCAUAACUAUUGUUUAUGAUAUAAAUGCAGAAUAUGUUCAACAAGAAAAUUCAAUUUAGAAUGUUGAAAUUAGUAAAUAAAUCAUAAAAUAAGAGAACUUCCCAUUUAUAUACUGGAUGAUCAUUAUAUACAAUAUGUUACUCUUUGGAUCAUUACUUACUUUUAGUAAUUUUUCUGUUGGAAUAUUAACUGAAAGAUGGUAUACAGAUAAUGAAUCAGCUGAAGAAAUGGCAGGUAAAAUGAUGGCCAUUAUGUGGGGGAUAUCUUCCUUUCUCACUCCCGUUUUUGGUUUCUUAAUAGACAAAUAUAAGAAUAGAUCCAUAUUUGUAAGUUUAUUGAAUAUCAUAGAAUAUUUGUGCUUCAUGUCUUGGUUUUUUAGGUUUAGUAUAACUUUGGUAUUAUGCACCUUUUUUAGCAAUUAAUUUAUUGGGAAUAUCAUAUGCUAUUAUGUGUGCUAGUGUAUGGUCUAGUAUUGUUUAUAUUAUAGAUGAAACAAAUUUAGGUACAGGUUAUGCUUAUCUAUUAUCAUCAUGUAAUUUCUUAUUGUCUAUUUUACCUCUAUCUAUUAGUUUGAUUAAAAUUAGAACAGCUAGCUUUUUUAUUUCAGUUAUGAUGUUAGCAGUCUUAAUUUUCAUUACAGUCUUAUUAGGAAUUUAUAUUUAUUUUUUAGAUAACUAAGAAAAUAAUAUUCUUGAUGGUAAAAUACUAUCCACCAAUAAAUCAUAUGAACAAUUAGAACAAGAUGAAAUUUGA